AUGGGGACAGCACGUGCAGUGCGAGCUGGAAGCAGCAGCGCGGUUGCCCCCGAGGAGAGGCUGGCGGCAUUCCCCGAGGUGACGGGAGGGCAUGUGGCGGCGCUGGAGGCGGUGUGCUCGUCGUUGGAGACAGAUCCGCAUGUACUCGCCGGAGCUUCGCGGGACUGGAUCGGACGGUACCAGGGUCGCGCGGGCGUACUGGUGGCACCCAAGGAUACUGAUGAAGUCGCUGCGGUGAUGAGGGUAUGCGCUGAGGCCGGCCUGGCCGUCGUGCCGCAGGGCGGGAAGACGGGGCUCGUGGGCGGAUCGGUCCCGCUGCUGGCCGGCGAUGGCGGGUGUGGUCCAGACAGUGGCGCCAAAGAGGUUGUUCUCUCGCUCCGUCGGAUGAACGCUAUUGAGAGCAUUGACGUCGAUGCUGGUGUGGUUCAUGCGCAGGCUGGCGUUGUUCUGGAGAGCCUCGAGGCGGCGGUCGCCGAGGCGGGCUUUACCGUUCCGCUAGAUCUGGGUGCCAAGGGCUCGUGUCACGUCGGCGGCAACGUGGCGACCAACGCCGGUGGCAUUCACUUUGUGCGCUACGGCUCGCUUCACGGCUCGGUCCUUGGACUGGAAGUGGUGCUGCCGUCGGGCGACGUGCUGGACUCGCGGACAUCGCUUCGCAAGAACAACACCGGCUACGAUCUCAAGCAGCUGUUCAUCGGCUCAGAGGGCACGCUUGGCGUCAUUACGCGAGUCUCGCUUUGGCUGCCGCCAGCUCCCCAGGCCAAAUCUGUGGCGCUGCUUGGCGUCGACUCGUUUGCAUCGGCGGUGGCGCUUGUCCGCACUGCGCGAGUCCAUCUCGGCGACGCGGUCUCAGCGCUCGAGUUUAUGGAUCGCACCUCGAUCGAGUGCGUAUUGGCGCAUGCUCGUGGCCGCGAUCCGCUCGGUACGGCGACUCCGUUCUACGUCCUUGUUGAGGCAGCGGGCGCGUCUGAGCCUGCUGUUGCUGCCGCCAUGGACUCGCUACUGGAGCAUGCCAUGGACUCGCCGAAGCUGGGUGUACUCGACGGGACACUUGCGGCAGACGGCCAGCAAGCGGCCGAGCUGUGGCACCUGCGCGAGGCGUGCACGGAGGGCAUCAUGGGCGCAGGCGCGGUGUACAAGUACGACCUAUCGCUGCCGACCGCGCAGAUGUACGAUGUGGUUGAGAGUGUCCGUGAGCGGAUGGCCGGCGUCGACGGCGCAGUUGUUGUCGGCUACGGCCACCUCGGCGACGCCAACCUUCACCUCAACAUUGCUGUGCCCGAGUACUCGUCAGAAGUCGAGCACCUACUCGAGCCAUACGUGUACGAAGCGACGGCUGCACUGGCCGGGUCGAUCUCGGCCGAGCACGGUCUCGGGCAGAUGAAGGCUUCGGUUGCCCACUACUCGCAGUCCAAGACUGCGCUGGCCUACAUGCGCGCUAUCAAGGAUGUGUUCGAUCCCCAAGGCAUUCUGAAUCCCGGCAAGGUUCUGGUCUGAGCUCAGCGUUCGACGUCGACCACGAAAGAGCCACUAUC